AUCUUGGGCGAUGGAAGUUCGGCGCAGACGAGCGAGACCACAGGAUAGCAAGCACGACGCCGACGCAACGACGGAUCAGUCGAGGACGGUUCAGAGGAAUGAGGCAAAUGAACAGACAGAUUCAAAUACUACUUUGAUAGAAAGUAAUAAAGCAAAUUUAUUAUAUUCUAUCAAGUCAAAACAACCUCUAUCAAACAAUGUGGUGCAUGCUCGAAUCAGGAUUAGCUUGGAGAUUGAUCUGAUAGCGGUGAUUUUACUAAUUUCGGGUAUUUGCACUCGUCUUUAUUGUCUUGAGGAACCGCGUAGUAUAGUCUUCGACGAACUACAUUAUGGCAAGUACGUUGGAUUAUACAUGAAGAGGACGUUCUUUUUCGACUCCCAUCCGCCUUUAGGGAAGCAAUUGAUCUCUGCAGCGGCGUACUUGGCUGGAUUCGAUGGACAAUUCAAGUUUGAUAGGAUCGGAAGUCCUUACAGCGACGCGAUUCCUUUGUACGCGUUGCGCCUAGUACCGGCGAUAUGCGGCAGUUUACUGAUUCCUACAGGAUAUUAUCUUGUCCUGGAAUUGGGUUUGAAGCAAUGGGCCGCAGCAAUUGGUGGAACUCUACUCUUACUCGAUAAUGCACUGUUGACACAGUCGAGAUUUGUCUUGAUGGAAAGUAUCUUGAUGCAUUUCUCGUUGCUCGGCUUGUUAUGCAUUGUAAAAUUUCGGAAAGUUAUGGAUCAACCAACAUCAGCGUCUUGGUGGAUAUGGCUGAUACUAGGCAUUGUAAAUUUAACAUGUGCAAUAUGCGUCAAAUAUGUUGGAUUUUAUUCCAUGGCCCUCGCUCUCUUCUUAAUCGCUCAUGAUUAUUGGUCUUUGCUCUCAAGAAAAACCCUGUCAAACACAAUCUUGUGGAUUCAUCUUUUCCUAAGAUUCGUUGUAUUAAUCGCUGUUAUUGCCGCUGUAUAUUUAAGCAUAUUCUACGUACAUUUAGCAGUACUCUCGAAGGCAGGACCACACGACUCAGUAAUGACGAGUGCAUUUCAAGCGAGUCUGGAAGGAGGACUUGCCAGCAUCACGAAAGGGCAGCCUCUGGAAGUGACGCAUGGUUCGCAGAUUACUCUCAGACACACGUACGGCAGAGCCUGUUGGCUGCACAGUCAUAAUCAAGUGUAUCCGUUGCGGUAUCCCGAUGGUCGUGGCAGCUCUCAUCAGCAGCAAGUCACUUGUUAUUUAUUUAAAGAUGUUAACAAUUGGUGGAUCGUCAAGAAGCCGGACAAAAACGACUUAGUAGUAACGAAACCUAGCGAGCCCAUUCGGCAUGGCGAUGUAAUUCAAUUGGUACACGGGAUCACGAGCAGAGCGUUAAACUCGCAUGAUGUUGCGGCGCCGAUGACGCCGCAGAGCCAGGAAGUGUCGUGUUACAUCGAUUACAACGUGUCUAUGCCAGCGCAGAAUCUAUGGCGGGUGGAAAUCACAAACAGGGAUCACUCCGGUAACGCAUGGCAUGCGAUUCAGAGCCAAGUGCGGCUGAUACACGUGCACGUAAAUGGAGCCGAGUUUGCGUUGAAGUUUAGCGGGAGGCAACUGCCCGAUUGGGGUUUCAAUCAGCACGAAGUUGUGGCGGAUCGGCUGAUAGACCAGACCAAUUCCAUAUGGAACGUUGAAGAACAUCGAUAUACUAAAAGUGAGGACCAGAAACAACGGGAACGGGAACUGAUCAAUGCGGAAAUGAUACCAUUGCAGGCGACCGCAUUGAGCUUCUGGGAGAAAUUUGCAGAGCUGCAGGUCAAGAUGUUAUUUAGUGGCCAAGAGGGUCAAAACAGCCACAUGUAUUCCAGUGGACCUCUUGAGUGGCCGUUAAUGUCCCGCGGAAUCGCAUACUGGGUGUCUAACGAGAGCAAUGCACAAGUGCAUCUUUUGGGGAAUAUUGUGAUUUGGUACUCUGGUACGAUUUCAGUAAUUGUAUAUGUAACACUACUGACAUUCUAUUUAACGAGAAGAAAAAGACAAUGUUUUGAUAUCCCAAAAGAAGAGUGGGAAAAGUUUGUUAACAACGCUUAUGUACUAUUAGCUGGAUAUUUGCUUCAUUUCUUACCUUUUUUAUUCGUCGAACGAACUUUGUUUUUGCAUCACUAUUUACCAGCUUUUAUUUUCAAAGUCUUAUUAACGGCAGCCACGAUUGAUCACCUGUAUUACUUAAUUAGCACACAUCGUCCAGCAUGGAGCAUUUCAUUGUAUAUCAUAACAUGUAGUAUUAUUGCUUGGGUACUUUUUAUCAUCUAUGUGUUCAAGAAAUUCAUUGUGUUUAGUUAUGGGACAUCAGCUCUCACUGCCAAGGACGUGAUAAAAUUAAGAUGGAAAGAUACUUGGGAUUUCAUUGUACAUAAAACGUAAGAGUUCGCCAGGUUUAAGUAUUACAAAGCCUGUGUUAUACAAGAUGUAAUAUUUUUUUAAUUAGGACGUUAUAUAUUGAAACACGUGACAUUUACAAAACAGACGAUAUUAGUGUAUUUUUAUAAAAAAAUUUGGCAAAUGUUAUUGCUUAUAAAUGCACACAUGUGUAUAUGACGAAAUAUUUUGUUAUAAUGGAGCAACAAGUGCCACGAAUAUGGGAUGACAUAUAAGU